AUGAUCAAUAAGAUCUUUAAUCGGCUUCCAAGAAAGCCUAAAUCUCACGAUAAUCGAGAUCAAGGAAACCCUAAUUCCUCCUCAAACACAUCCACAAGUUCAAGAUCCAACAACGAUUCAAACCCAAACCCUAAUCGAUUCGCCAAUUCAAAUCCCACACCCCAAAAACUCACAAACAACAACAAGCUUCUCCAACCUCAAACAUCAAAACUAAACGGAUCUUCAUCUUCAUCUUCAUACGAAGCCUUACCUUCUUUCAAAGAUGUCCCAAACUCCGAAAAACAAAACCUCUUCAUCCGAAAGCUAAAACUUUGUUGUGUUGUAUUCGAUUUCACCGACCCCACAAAAACCCUAAAAGAAAAAGAAAUCAAAAGACAAACGUUAGUAGAACUCGUAGACUAUGUCUCAUCCGCAAGUGGAAAGUUCCCCGAAACCAUCAUGCAAGAAAUCGUGAACAUGGUAUCCCUAAACAUCUUUAGAAGACUCACCCCUCAACCACGUGACAACAAAAUUCUCGAAACAUUUGAUGGAGAAGAAGAAGAGCCUUCAAUGGAUCCCUCAUGGCCUCAUUUACAACUAAUCUAUGAAUUCAUCCUAAGAUUUGUCGCAUCACCCGAAACCGAUCCAAAACUAGCCAAACGUUACAUUGAUCAACCCUUCGUUCUAAAAUGGUUAGAUUUAUUCGAUUCAGAAGAUCCACGCGAACGCGAAUACCUAAAAUUUGUUCUUCAUAGAAUGUAUGGAAAGUUCAUGGUUCAUCGCCCUUUUAUCCGAAAAUCAAUCAACAACAUAUUCUUUCGAUUCGUGUUUGAAACCGAAAAGCAUAAUGGAAUUGCCGAAUUGUUGGAGAUUUUAGGGAGUAUAAUUAAUGGAUUUGCAUUGCCAUUAAAGGAAGAACAUAAGUUGUUUUUAGUACGUGCUUUGAUACCACUUCACAAACCGAAAUGUAUACCGAUGUAUCACCAACAAAUAUCGUAUUGUAUUACACAAUUUGUUGAAAAAGAUUGUAAGCUUGCGGAUACGGUUAUUAGGGGUUUGUUGAAGUAUUGGCCUAUUACUAAUAGUUCAAAAGAAGUCAUGUUUUUGAGUGAACUUGAAGAGGUUUUGGAAGCUACUCAGCCUCCUGAGUUUCAAAGAUGUAUGGUGCCUUUGUUUCGACAGAUUGCUCGAUGUUUAAGCAGUUCACAUUUUCAGGUGGCAGAAAGAGCAUUAUUCCUAUGGAACAACGAUCAUAUCGAGACCUUAAUCAAACAAAAUCGGAAAGUAAUCUUGCCAAUAAUAUUUCCAGCUUUAGAAAGAAACACAAAAACUCAUUGGAAUCAAGCUGUUCAAAGUUUGACUUUGAAUGUCAGAAAGAUCUUCUUGGAUGCUGACUCACAACUCUUUGAAGAAUGCUCAAAGAAGUUCAAAGAAGAUGAAUCAAGAAAGGAAGAAGCCAUGGCCAAACGAGAAGCCACCUGGAGCCGCCUCGAAGAAGCCGCAGCCUUCCGCUCCGGUGGCGGCAAUGGCGGUGGCGGCAGUGGGCCGGUGGUGAUGUCUCAGAAGGUCAUUGCAAAUCAUGUUUCAUCAUCAUCUGGGUAGAAACACAUAUGAGCUGUUAUUGGGUUUUUGUUGCUCGAUUAGGAAAUGGUGAAGAGAUUGGUUGUGGUGGUGGUUUGAAUGUGAAGGAUUUGUGUAUAUACGAUUUGACACAUUUUGGAAAUGUUUGUUUUUUUUUAGAUGAUUUAUGAAUUGUUAUUUCUCAUUUUCUUGGACUUUGAUCAUGUUAGUUUUAUAUAAUUCAUGUUUAAGUUGCAUAUUUGUUUGUCAAAUAUGGUGCGCUUAUGGUGGUGUUGGUUGUACUUUGUGAAUUGAAAGUGGUAUUAUAUUUUGAUUUUGGU